AUGUCGCGCCCUGAAGAUCAACUGCCACCUGACCUUUUCUACAACGACAAUGAAUCCCGCAAAUAUACAACCUCGUCGCGUAUCAGGAAUAUUCAAGCGGAUAUGACCAACCGCGCUUUGGAACUCCUCGAUCUGAAAUCCCCAUCUUUUAUCCUCGACAUCGGCUGCGGUUCCGGACUAUCAGGCGAUAUUCUCUCGCAAGAAGCCCCCGAAGACGGUGGCCCACACACAUGGAUUGGAAUGGAUAUCUCACCGAGCAUGUUGGACGUUGCACUUCAGCGCGAAGUCGAGGGCGAUUUAUUCCUCGCGGAUAUCGGUCAAGGUGUUCCAUUCCGUCCUGGUUCCUUUGAUGCGGCCAUUAGCAUCUCUGCUAUCCAGUGGCUAUGUAAUGCCGAAACAAGUGAUGUUAGUCCUGAGGGACGACUGAAGAGAUUCUUUGAGGGUCUUUAUGCUAGUCUGCGCAGAGGUGGUCGUGCGGUUUGUCAGUUCUAUCCUAAGAAUGAUGUGCAACGGAGCAUGAUUAGUGGUGCGGCUAUUAAGGCGGGCUUUGGUGCUGGUAUGCUUGAGGAUGAUCCUGGUACUAAGAACAGUAAGAUCUAUUUGGUUCUUACUGUUGGUGGUGGUGGUUUGUCGGGUGAUAUUACUGGUGUGGUUAAUGGUAUGGAGGAUGUGAAUGUCUUGGAUGCGAGACGUAAGGCUAUGGAGAUCAAUAAUGCUCGUCCGGCUAAGAAGGGUGAUCGGGCUUGGAUUAUGAAGAAGAAGGAGCAGAUGGAACGGAAGGGAAAGGUUGUGAAGCAGAACUCCAAGUAUACUGGCCGCAAGCGACGAAUCGCUUUUUAA